UAACAUAAUAGGCUAGUAAUACAAUAGUAGGAGCAUGCAUUUGGACUCACAAGUGUCCCUUCUAAGGCUCAAAAGUGUUGACUGCAUGUGGGCUGGUAGGGUGGGGUGGGGGAUGGGGGGCUGUCUUGAGAUACUGCAGCACAUAUCCUUGCCCCUUCUAUAUAAACCAAGAUUUGCACCACUGCAUCCCAUCAUACAUACCAGCAUCAUCUCAAGAGUGAGAGCCCUGACCUGAACCUGAACCUAAACCUCUCGCAUUGCUCCCGGUCUGGCGGAUGCCAUGGAGCAGGGGAAGAAGAAGCAGGCGGGGAGGCUGCAGAAGGUCCUGAGGGAGCAGAAGGCCAGGGUCUACAUCAUCCGCCGCUGCGUCGUCAUGCUUCUCUGCUGGAAUGACUAAUCUGGGCUCAUUAGAGGCACAGCCACAAUGUUCCUUCCCUUCAUUACUUCUCUCCUGCUUUCCUCCCCAUGUUUUUUUCACAUUGGCCUUUACCCUAUGAUGAAGGUUCUCUGUUUUUCUUGCCUCCUUGCAAUGGCAAGGGUGACUGAUGUUGUAAAGUUGGAGGGUGUUAAUACGGACUAACAGUAUGCUUUUUCCUCUCGAACUCGAUCUUUUGCGGCUGCUUGAGCUUCACAAAGGCCUCGAGUUCAGAACAUGGUACUUGCAAAAAUA